CAUAGUUGUGUUAAUGAUGUAUGUCUUGAGUGGCCUGCUUAAUUACAUGAACGGGACCGUGGACUUCCACGGGCAGAUGUUAUGCGAGGUUUUGAUGUAUGCCAUAUUGAUCACGGGCACGCUCGUGGGAACUUAUAUUGGUUUCCAGCAUCAGGAUUUCACAUUAACUCUAUUCUGUCUUGGGAUCACUACUGCUAUUUGUGUUGCUGUAUGUACUCCUGGAUGGCCUUUUUUCUGCAGAAAUCAAAUUAAGUGGAAGCCUGUGAGCUCUAGGAAGUAAAUCGCAUUAUUAUUAGUUAUAUUCUAUAAUGUCUAUUUCAUUGGCUUUGACAAAGUUGCCGGUGAAUGUCAGUGGUUGCGAGUAGCAAUGUAACACUUGCGUUAAUACAC